CAUAAUGAAGAUUUUUCAGUUGUGGCGUUGCUGAUUCCCCCAGACUUCAGUUGAUCAGGCAGAAAACUGAGAACCAGUUCCCAUCCACAUAAUAAUAUAAAAUAGAAUGCCUCUUGGCUGUUAACACAUGUUGCAUGUAGUGAAGGAAGGAUCAGAAUGACACUGGGUGUGCAGUUUCCUCUUUUAAGCCCACAGAAAGGGCACGGUCACCCUGAUUGGCCAAGAGGGGAAUGCAGCAAGCUGCUCUCAACUAUCACACCUUGCUCAACAGGUGAAAUGAAUAACCCUCCAAUCACUCAGCAAUUCAACCAAAAAAAAAACACCCAGGAAAAGGGAAAUGACAGCAAGCACCAGAGAAUGGGCAGCUGCCACACAGUUACAAAAAAGAUUUUUAAUUCAUCCAGACUGAAGAUGCAGCAGCCUGAAACCCAGCGGACAGCUCCUCAAACAGCCACAGAAAUACUGGAUCCAGCAGAUCAGUACCUGCGUCGGAGGAAAACGGCUCUGUGGGUGACGGUGGCCUUGCUGGCUCUGGCUCUGGUGGUGCUGGCCGUGGGUCUGAUCUCAGCCACUCGCACCGACAACGUGGCUGUUGCUGGAUAUUACUCCGGCAUCACCCUGAGUUUUGGAGCGUUUCUGGGUAUCGUUGGCAUCCACCUGGUGGAAAACCGUAGACCCAUGCUCGUGGCAGCGAUCAUAUUCAUCAGUAUCGGAGUCAUCGCGGCGUUCUUCUGUGCCAUUGUGGACGGGAUUAUCGCUUCAGAGUUCAUUGACAUAAGGCCCCUGCAGGAGGACAUGUGUGACUUCUACUCCAGUGGAGCGGGCUACGCCUACGACAGCUACUAUACUGAGGUGUCAUGCCGUUCGUACGACAAAACGUGCAAGAUGAAGCUGAGGAGCAACACCUGCUACUGCUGCUACCUGUACAACUGUGCGAGCACAGAGUUCCACACACAAUACUACGAGUUCACCGGGGUCAGCGGCUGCUCGGAUGUGAUCCACCUGUACCGUCUGCUCUGGGCCUCAGUGGUGCUCAAUGUGAUCUGCUUGUUCCUGGGCAUCAUCACCGCUGCCAUGCUCGGAGCGUACAAGGAUAUGCAGAAGCCGACUUCUCAGACGGCUCCCAGCCCCACGCCGCCACCCCACAUCCUGUACAACCCGACCCAGCACAUGGUCACCUACGCUGGUUUCUGCCCUUCAGGACAGACGCUGCCCGCCUACCCCAACUAUCCAAUAACCAUGCAGCAUAACAGCAGCUAUCAGCCUCCUGCUACUCCCCAGAUGAACCCUGACGGAGGCCCUGCCUGCAACUCCGGCCUGUCUGAGGAGAACCAGAACCAGCAGCCUUCUCAGGCUCAGCCACAACCUCAGGGAGCCACCCAGGAACCAGGGGGCUACAUGCUGACACCCAACGCCCCCGUCCUCUACGGCUCCACCUACAGCCCCUUUGAGAAACCGCCACCUUACGCCUGCUGAGCCCCUGACACAAACAUCUGGGGCGUGUUGGGAGAAAAAUAUUUUGAUCUGGUCAGACUGAAUGUAGCACAAGACAUUUCAUAGGUGACCUUGUAGACGGUAAAACCCUCUGUGACCGUCACGACUACUCUGUACUGAUAGAAAUGAUAAAUUUCUUGUGGUUGCACCUAGGAGAGACAGAUUUAUAACUAUGUAGUGUAAUUAUUUAGACAUGAUUAAGUUAUUUCAUGUGUAUUCAUUAAAGGAAACGGUUUGGGAAAUAUGCUUAUUCGCUUUCUUGCUGAGAAUUAGAUGAGAAGAUUAAUUCCACUCUCCUAAUAUCUCUAGGUAAAUAUGAAGCUACAGCCAGAAGCCGGCUAACUAAGCUUACCACAAAGACUAGAAACAGAUGGAAACAGCUUGCCUGGAUCUGUACAACAGAAACAAAACCUGCCUACCAGCACCUCUUAACACAUUAUAUCUCGUUAGUUUAAGGACUAUUUCUUGUUGGCAGUUGCCAUCGUAAUCUCAGCAAGAAAGCAAAUAGGCGUAUUUCCCAAAAUGUCAAACUUUAAGCCUAAAGCUGGCCUCCAGAUGCUUACAUAUUACAUGUGAAUAUGUGUAUAGUAGUACACUUGACUGUGAUCUGAUAGUUAUUUGUGUUCUAACUUGUGUAGAUUGGAUUACACGUCUUCUUGUGUAUUGUCUCACUAUACCAAACUAGUGUAGGAGCAAUUAAAAGGGCUUUCUUGAAAUGUGAACGGGAGAGUAAAUGACGCUGAUGUUGCUGUUGUUUAACUAUGUUAGUGUGAAUCAUUUAAUGUGCACUUUAAAGUCAGUAUACUGUAUAUAUUAUUGAUGAUGCAUGUGGGAGGGAUUCUGUAGCUGUUAUAAAAUACAUUAUGUAUUAAAGAGGCACUUUUAAGAAA